GAUACACCUGAUAUCCAUUGCCACUGUGUCAGUACGACUUGGCCAGCAAUCGCACUCCGGCGUGACGCGCGUUGUGCAAACCCUCUGGUCAAGUCAGUGCUGACCCACACACUGGUUCGAAUCCCUUGCGGCAGACGACCACGAGUCAUAGUCAGAAAUCCGUUUGCCUCAUACAAGAAUCAGUCCGUAUUCUACAUAGGCUGUUUCACAGUGCUGACGUUGUGUAUCCGGUCAGUUUACUCCACACCGGUUGGGCUAUCGGUGUGACCUGAGCUACGGCUUCUCAGGGGGACCACGCAAGAGGUCCAUCGAACUGAGAAGGAGGUACAUGUGCGACAACGAUCUUCAGUGUAUUGAGUGCUGAAUGCGGAGCCAGUAUAUCCCAGGAACGUUGCGUCAUUCAUCAAGGGAAUGUCAGAGACAAGCGUCGCGGGCGGUCGCCCUCGCCGCUCAACCCGCGCUACCAUCAAGACGCCUCUCGCUGUGACGGAAGGUGAGCACUCCAACUCACCGGGGAAAGGCAAGGCACAGGCUCCCGAGAAGAACUCAGCGGAAAGGCUUGAAUAUGUCCUGACCAAUCCCAGGAGCAAAAUCACCAAGAUAGAUAUCUCCGACGUCCUGAGCUACGCAAACCUCCUAGACUUGUCGCCCGAGUCGCAAGGCCUCCUUGUGUCCCUCCUUCCGCCGACUGCUUUCAUCUCCUUCUCGCCAUCUGUACCUCCCACGCAUGUCGACUAUCGGACGCCACUAUUCGAUAACGCAGCCACCGCGGCCCCGGAUGACGACCGUAUGGACGUCGACACGCAACUGUCCCCCAGCUCCAGGCUUCUCCAGGAGCAGACGCCUGCGACAUUAGACCCUGCGGUUUUCACGUCGCCGUUCUUCUUAUCCGCUGCGCACACCUACCAGGACCAUCUGUUCUCCGGCUGGUUUGGAAAGAAGGCGCGCGAAGAAGCAGCGCAGUUUCAGGCCGGCGUGCGGCAAGGCACCCUGCAUGCAGAAUGGAAGGACGAAGUCUGGGAGAGAGACCAUUCCCCGCAGCAGAACCAAUCGCAGCAGGUCGACCUGGCAGCGCUCGCUAAGCGCGGGCUUCUGCAGGAAGGCGACGUUAUCUCAUAUCGAAGGCACUUUGCUCAGCUUCAAGUGACCAUCGAGAAGGACGUCCUCGUCGAUAGCAUCGAUGGACCUAGCUCCACUAUCAGCGUACUCGUCCCACCGAGGUCGACGCGCAGCCUACACUUGACACUCUUGGUAAACGGGCGCGGAGAGCCGCAGCCCCAGGACAGACUACAACUCAUGAACAAUAUUGCUGACCCCGUCAUGGUGGAAUCCGGUAUCCUCGACAUCGACGGCACGGUUGAUCGUGCUGACCGGGGCGUUGCAAACGGAAAAAAUGCUCGUGCGGCGUGGAAGUCAUUUACUGUGUGGCGGUGGAGGGAUGAGAUGCGCAACGAUAUUCAGGCACAAAUGGUGAUGGACAGAGGAGGACGAGAAAGGGUCGGGACACUCUUCUACCUUAGUACUUACUGCCAUCAGAAGUGAAUGCCUUACCCCAGACAAAUCGCUGUGACUCAUCGGAUUUAUGGCAUCUAUACUAAGUCUUGAGUACGUA